CGGGACUUGUUUAUGAACAGUUUCAAUCACCGACUACGAAGGCCCUCUGAUAUUACGGUUUUCUGCUGAGAUUGUCAAUUUGUGAGGAAGGAAAGAAUUGAAAGAAAACAAAAAAAAUGUGUGCAGUAGAAAAAGAGAUUUUUGUAGUGGACGGUGGAUUUGCUACACAGUUGUGUACCCAUGUGAACGACCCAAUAGAUGGCACACCUUUGUGGAGUGCUGGUUUCCUCUGUACCAACCCUAAUGCUGUCAUUGAAACACAUCUGGAUUUCUUAAGAGCGGGAGUUGACGUGUUGAUGACAAAUACGUACCAAGCCAGUAUUGGAGGAUUUAUGAAAUAUCUUGGACUGAGCAAGGAUGCAAGCUACCAGUUGAUUAAAACGGCAGUAAAUUUGGCAAAAUUAGCUUGCUCACUCUAUGCUACAGAGGCAGGAUCCAGUGCAGAUGCACACAAGGUACUAAUAGCAGGUGCAAUAGGACCAUAUGGGUCUGCUCUGCACGACUGUUCCGAGUACACAGGCAGUUACGUUGCGCACGUGAGUCCUAAGGAAAUGGCAGACUGGCAUCGGCCACGGAUACAAGCCCUGGUGGAAGCUGGCGUGGAUAUCCUUGCUUUUGAGACAAUUCCUGCCCAAUUAGAAGGUGAAGUUCUUGUGCAACUGCUCAAGGAGUUUCCUGAACAGAAAGCUUGGCUUUCUUUCUCAUGUAAGGAUGAGUUUCAUACAUGCCAUGGUGAAAAAUUCCAACAUGUAGCUCGCAGAUGUUGGGAAAUCAAUCCUUCUCAGCUUGUGGCUGUUGGUGUGAAUUGUUUGAGCCCAAUAUAUGUGUCGCCUCUUAUUAGGGGUAUCAAUACAGACAGGCCAGACAAUCCAAUUCCGCUCGUUGUCUGCCCUAAUAGUGGAGAAACCUAUGAUCUACAGAGAGGAUGGAUCAAUCGUGACAAGUGCUGUCCAGUUGAGAAUUACGUACAAGAAUGGUUGAAUCUGGGAGUAACUUACGUUGGAGGCUGCUGUCGGACAUAUGCUGCCGACAUAGUUAAGAUUAAAGAAGAAGUCGACAAAUGGAAAUCAGAGAGGAAGAGCAUUAAACUUAAUGGACAUGAUUGGUUAAAUUAGUGUUAAGGUAGUGAAAUAUGUCUCAGUUUCUCACCUUCCAAAAAUACUUUUGAUUAAAACAUCUUAUUUUGAUAAUAUAAGUGAUUGCAAUUAUCAUGAUAAUAAUCUUAUAAAAUAGUCAAUUAUACCUUGCACAAAGUAAAAAAUGUAAAAGUACUCGUGUAAACUGGAAAGUAGGUUAUGAGAAUGGGAGGUGAACUACCAUAGUAUCAAGCCAGACGGCAAAGCAGCAUUAUACCUCAGGUUAUUUUACCGGUGCUAUUUAGUUGUUGCUGUACGCCGAUGUUUUCAGUGGUUAUCUGACCAGAUAUAAUGUUGCAGCCGGCAAUUAAAUGUAUCACGCCAGCAGCACUCUACAUGAUGAUGAACAUCUAAAACCUAUAGAGCUGCUUGUAUUUUAUAUUACUGCCAUUUUCAGAAAAUCCAACUGCUUUGCAGGCUGCUGAAUUUUGGUUAGUUAUACAAUGUCCUGCCCUUCAAUCAAUAUACCAGCCCAAAUUUUAAAGUGUAACAAACCAUUUGUUCUAUGACAUAGGCUUAAAUGAUUUUUAUGAGAUAACAUUACCACUGUAGGACAAAAAAUUUAAAAAAAAACUCAAUUUUGAUAAAGUAACUUCCCAUUA